CUGUCUGCCAGUCUGAGCAGCGAUGUGGGACAAGUCGGACCAUACUUCGACCGGCGGAGUGUCCGUAAUCGUCAACGGAUCUUCUGUGCGAUUAGAGGAAGAGACUAACGCUUCAGUGAAUUGGAGCAAUAAUGCGUUACCGUCGAACAAAAGCAGACAGUCGGAAGAAACGGUCGACGACGGGUCGCUGUUUCGAGUGAUCCGAGUCUUCGGCGGUGGUUCCAUGGAACGACAAAAACCCGUCAAGACAACGAUUAACGUUACUUUCGGAGGACAGACGGCCACAAAUGGAAAGACAGACGAGGAAAGAAGUAGCAGCGGUGCCAGUAGCGGUCCCGCUAGCGAUUGCGAGGACGAUUAUGUUAAACCCAACGUUGUAGUCAAGCCCAACGUGUGUCAAUUGGUUAUAUCGCCCUACGGCCAAAAAGAAGAAAAGUCCCAAGACGACGUCUGCAAAGACAAAUGGCAGAUGAAAUUUCACAUUAAAGAACUCGAUUCGAACCGAAACGAUGCGGAGGAAGUCGACACGAGAGCCGAAGCUAUCGUUUCGGGUCAGGGGAGUGUCAGAGGUUUGAAGAAUCGUGUUCGAGCGAGCAUCGUCUCCCUUUUAGAGCAUCAGGGCAGCAAAAGGAAUUAUGACAAAGAGGAAGAAGGAAGAAUAGUGUUUUACACGACAACAAUGGGUAUAGUGAGACAAACGUACGAACAGUGCCGACGAGUGAAAAAAAUACUGGAAACUCUUUUGAUUCGAUUCGAAGAAAGAGACGUGUUUAUGAACAGAGAUUUCCAAUUUGAAUUAAAAGAAAGACUCGGUAUCAAUCACGUUCUUGUGCCUCACGUGUUUAUGGAAGGAAGACUGCUCGGGAAUGCAGAUGUCCUUGAACAAUUAAACGAAACAGGUGAAUUGAGACAAAUUUUAAGGCCUUACAAGAGAACAAGUUUCACUGGGACAUGUACAAAAUGUGGAGGUUAUAAAUAUCUGUUGUGCCCAUAUUGCGGAGGAAGUAAAAAGUCGUGUAAUCAUCGCCAUCAUUUUCCAACCGAUCAGAUAUCUUUGAGAUGCACAAGCUGUGACGAGAGCGGUCUCAUACGUUGCGAUCAGUGCAUCAACGGAGAAGGAUGAUGAUGACAUCUCGAAUAAACUCUAAAUAAUCUAUCUCGAAACAUGGAAGAUUACGAAUGCAACUUAAAAAAAAAAAAAAAAUAUUUUCCACGUUAUUAGAUAAGUUACCAGCACUUUGCAAUAAUGUGCACGAAGAACAUACGGGUUGCC